UAUUCUCUCUACAUUUCAAACAAACAAAAAAGUUUCAUUACCUUACCCAUAUUAUCUAAAAUGUUAAACAUCAAGUCAUGGAUUAUGUUCUUCUUUCUAGCCAUGCUCAUUGCCAUGGUAUCUGCUGAAGCUUCUAAGGUUCAUGACUUUACCUUUGCAUCCGUGCGCGUGGGUGAUUUAAUCGGAGAUGACAAUGAAAUGUUGAUGGAUUCUGAAUCAAAUCGUCGAACAUUGGCCGGCAGGAAAAGAAGAUACAUUAGCUAUGGUGCCCUUAAGGCUAAUAAUAUCCCAUGUGGUCAAAAGGGACAAUCUUACUACGAUUGCAACGCUAGAGGUCAGGCUAACCCUUACCGCCGUGGUUGCACUGCCAUCACACAUUGUGCCAGAACACUCUGAUUAAAUGGUGCAAACAAAAUCAGGAACAAAAAUAUUUCAUGGUACAUUUAUAUAAUAUAAUAAUAAAUUUCAUAAUAAUAUUGUGGCUGAUCUUGAAGAAUAACAUAUUUCUUGCCACAGUUUCCUAGGCAUCCAUUGAACAACUUACAGUUUUCAUAUUGUAAUUUUCUUUUAUCUGUUGAAAAUAAUUUGUUCUAAUUUCGUGGGAUAUUAAUGAAUUAAGGGAACAAAGUGGUUUGUUCUUGUUUAUGUAUGUAA